AUAACUUCUCUUGUUCUCUAUGUCCAUUGUUGCCCCUAAAGGUCUCUGUCUUAUCUCAAGGAAUGAUGAAGACUGUAGGUAAGCUCAUGUCCUUUUCUGAGAUGCUGAGGCCUAUAUAAGGGUACAGACAUGCAGUCAAGAAAGAAACACAUAGCACACAGGCACAUCAAGCUAUACCCCAUCUCUCAAGAAACCUGUAGCAUCCUUCACCCUCACCAUGUGGAAGGCAGCAAUCUUGACCCUGGUCUUAUUGGUGGCAUUGGUAGACAGGGUGCAGUCCGAUGAUGGCAAUCCCUCUUUCUAUGGGGUCAAACUGUGUGGAAGAGAGUUCAUACGAGCAGUCAUCUUUACCUGUGGUGGUUCUCGCUGGAGAAGAAGUUUGGGAGACUCAGCUCUUAUUGGGGAAGAGGCCUUUGACUCAUGGCACAUGAAUCCCAUUCCUCAACUUGCCAGUGAGCAGGAUCCUGCCGAGUCCCAAACAUGGAAAGAUCAUACAUCAAAUGAGGCUGCUGGAUUCUUCCGCUCAGCUCGCUCACCGAUCUCAGAGGAAGUGCUUGAGGCUCUUCGGAGUGCGGACAGGAAAGGACGGGAUGUAGUUGUUGGACUUUCCAAUGCCUGCUGCAAGUGGGGCUGUAGCAAGAGUGAAAUCAGCUCUCUGUGCUGAAGAUUGAUUCUUAAAUGUUUGAUAUGUAAUUUGUCUUGAUAUGUAACUAUUGGAGAGCUCUACUCCUCUCCAAUGUAAUUUAAUAAUUUCUUCAUGUUUAGGGUUUUUCAGAUAUCCAUAUCCAAUCCAAAAGUCAUCCAUGUGUUGACUACAAACAGGUUCGCAGGAAAGUACAUGUAUUCAAAAUGUUAUUGCUAUUAUCAAAGAUUGUUAUAUAUGUGAAAUAAAGCUUUGUGUAAUUGUU